CUCCCUGCCGGACAGGCGGACAGUCAGGGAGCGGACGGGGGCUAAGUGGGAGAGCGCCCCGGGGGGGACUCGGGCCGGGAGACCCGGGGGCAUGCGUUGCCGCUGACCGAAGGGGCCCGGCCAUGCUGAGGCUGGACAGUUACUGCGGGGCCGAGGGGCCGCUGAGCCCACAGUGGACGAGCGGCGGCCUGAGCCCCUGCUUCUUCUUCACCGCCGCGCCCGCCACGCUCCUGGGGCUGGGGACCCUGGCCCUGGGUCCGCGGCUGCUGAGGCUCUGCACGCCGCGGGGCCAGCCGGCCGUGGGCUUGGGCCUGGGGCCGGGCCGGGGCGCGCGGGGCUUCCUGGCCGGGCUGCACCUGCUGCUGGGCGGGUUGCAGCCGCUGCUGCCCCUGGCGGCGCUGAUUGCCCGGGCCGCGGUCCCCGCCGGCGCCCCCCUCCCAGGCUACGUGCUGCUCGGGGCCCUGCUUGGGUCCUGCGCUGGGGCCUGUGCGCUGGCGCUGCAGCUGCUGGACCGGGCGCCGGCCGCAGGCCAGGCCGGGCACAGCGCCGGCCUCCUCCUCCUGUGGGCCGCGGCGUUGGCGGCCGAGAAUCUGGCCCUGGUGUCCUGGAACAGCCCCUUGUGGUGGUGGUCCCGGAACAGCCUGGGGCAACAGGUGCAGUUUGGCCUGUGGGUGCUGCGCUAUCUGGUCUUUGCAGGGCUCCUGGGCUUGGGGCUCUGGGCUCCUGGGCUUCGGUGUCGGACCUAUGCUUUACAGGUCAAUGGAGACGAACGCGAUGUGGAGAGCAGCCAGCCUUUGCCAACUACAGGCUCCGCUAGACGCUCUUCCACGUGGCGAGAUCUUGGUCGGAAGCUGCGACUGCUGAGUGGCUACCUCUGGCCCCAAGGGAGCCCAGCCCUGCAGCUGGUUGUGCUGGUUUGCCUGGCACUCAUGGGCCUGGAGCGGGGCCUUAACGUGCUAGUUCCAAUCUGUUACAGGAACAUUGUGAAUGCACUAACUGAAAAGGACCCUUGGAGCUCUCUGGCCUGGAUAGUCUGCAUUUACGUCCUACUGAAAUUCUUGCAAGGGGGCGGCACUGGCAGUACUGGAUUUGUGAGCAACCUACGAACGUUCUUAUGGAUCCGGGUGCAGCAGUUCACAGCGCGUCAAGUAGAGCUGCGUCUCUUCGCCCACUUGCAUGGGCUGGCCCUUCGCUGGCACCUGGGACGACGGACAGGAGAAGUGCUCCGAGUCGUUGACCGAGGCACGACUAGUGUCACUGGGCUGCUCAGCUACCUGAUAUUUAACAUCUUACCAACCUUGGCUGACAUCAUCAUUGGCAUCAUCUACUUCAGCAUGUUCUUCAAUGCCUGGUUCGGCCUCAUCGUCUUUGUCUGCAUGACUCUCUACCUCACCUUGACGAUUUUAGUCACUGAGUGGAGAACCAAGUUUCGCCGUGAUAUGAAUACACAGGAGAAUGCAACACGAGCUCGAGCAGUGGACUCUCUGCUCAACUUCGAGACGGUGAAGUACUACAAUGCAGAAAGUUACGAGGUGGAGCGAUAUAAAGCAGCUAUCAUCAAGUACCAGAGUUUGGAAUGGAAGUCGAAUGCGUCGCUGGUUCUGCUAAACCAGACCCAGAAUCUGGUUAUUGGGCUUGGGCUCCUUGCCGGAUCCCUCCUCUGUGCCUACUUUGUCAGUGAGCAACAGCUCAAGGUCGGAGAUUUCGUGCUGUUUGGCACCUACAUCAUACAGCUCUACAUGCCUCUCAACUGGUUUGGCACUUACUACAGGAUGAUUCAGACCAACUUUAUUGACAUGGAGAACAUGUUUGACUUGCUGAAGGAAGAAGCUGAAGUGAAGGAUAUCCCGGGGGCCCUACCCUUGCAAUUUCAGAAAGGAUACAUUGAGUUUGAGAACGUGCAUUUCAGCUACACAGAUGGGCGGGAGACCUUGCAAGAUAUCUCUUUUGCUGUGAUGCCUGGACAGACACUGGCCUUGGUGGGGCCCUCGGGGGCAGGGAAGAGCACUGUCUUGCGCCUGCUGUUCCGGUUCUAUGACAUCAGCUCCGGGCAUAUCCGCAUAGAUGGACAGGACAUUUCACAGGUGAGCCAGUCUUCACUUCGUUCCCAUAUUGGAGUCGUGCCCCAGGACACAGUCCUCUUCAAUGACACCAUUGCUAACAACAUCCGAUAUGGCCGAGUCAUGGCUUCGGACUCUGAGGUGGAAACUGCUGCCCAGGCUGCUGGAAUCCAUGAUGCCAUUCUGGCCUUCCCUGAAGGCUACGAGACCCAGGUAGGCGAGCGAGGGCUGAAGCUGAGUGGAGGGGAAAAGCAGCGCGUGGCCAUCGCCCGCACCAUUCUCAAGGCUCCAGACAUCAUUCUGCUGGAUGAGGCAACAUCAGCCCUGGACACAUCAACCGAGAGGGCCAUCCAGGCUUCCCUAGCCAAAGUCUGUGCCCUGCACACCACCAUCGUGGUGGCACACAGGCUAUCUACAGUGGUCAAUGCUGACCAGAUUCUAGUGCUCAAGGAUGGUUGCAUUGUAGAAAGAGGAAGGCAUGAGGCAUUGCUGGCUCGAGGAGGGGUGUAUGCUGACAUGUGGCACCUGCAGCAACAGGGACAGGAUGAGGAAGCAACUAACGUCCCAAAGAGCCAGUCACCAAAAGGCGAUGAUCUUCAAUAAAGGUUCCUAUGAGGAUCAUGA